UCCCCCUCACUUUCUUUUUUCUUUUUAUGUCUCUAUGGUGUGCUCUCCAAUCAUCAUUACCGUAAACUCCUCCCACGCCCCGUUUCUUUCUCACACACAAAACAACACAACUCAUCCAUUUCUAAACAUCUCUCUCAAAAGAGAGACAAUCGCUAAACCCAUAAAAUUCAUUUUCCAUUUUCCAUUUUCCAUUUUCCAUUUUCACAUCUCCAUCCCACCCAACUCAACCCAACCUAUCCCAAUCCUAUACAAACUCAACCAUUAUACCAUCCAAAACAAAUUACAAAUACACAUAACUGUUUUGUUUGUUGUGUUAUAAGUUUGUUUUGCUUGCAUAUGUAAUGCAUCAAAAGAAAUCAGAGGUCCAAAUCGGAAAAGAAAGCAUCGGCGUUUCUUCCGAUUUCAACCCAACCCCACCGAUUCAACACAACCACCACCAGAAUUACCAGCGUCAACACCUCUGUCCACGUCAUCACUCCAUCGAUAUCUCCCCAACCCAAUCUCCGCUUCCGCAAAAACAACCUCCCAUUAAUAAACCGACUUUCAAGCCGCAAACGCAAAACGCGCCGUUCUUUUCUCUCACCGUCGCAACUUCCUCCGCCGCCUUUCGCAUCCUCCGCCGCCUCAAGAAACACCGUUCCCUCUUUUUAAUAUCUCUCCCGCUUUUAUAUCUCUACCUCCUCGCUUCGCGGUCUUUCUUCCUCGAUUUUCUCACCGCUUUGGCUUUUUCUACCGCGUUGCUGUUUUCCCUCAACAUCGCUCUUCCUUCUCUGCGUUCUUUUCCUCUUCACCUCACGCUCCGGAAAUUCCAUCCGUCGUCUCCGUCUUCGCGAUCGCCUCCUCCUCUUCCUGUUUUCUGGACGAUCGGAUCGCGGCCGAAGUCGGAGAAGCGGUUAGGUUCGGGUUGUUGGGUUCAGGUUUUCGGGAACGGGGAUUUUUACGAAGGGGAGUUUCAUAGAGGGAAGUGUUCUGGGAGUGGGGUGUAUUAUUAUAGUAUGAGUGGGAAAUAUGAAGGGGAUUGGAUUGAUGGGAGAUAUGAUGGAUAUGGGGUUGAGACGUGGGCGCGUGGGAGUCGGUAUAGGGGGCAAUAUCGACAAGGAUUGAGACAUGGGUUUGGUGUUUAUAGGUUUUAUACGGGGGAUGUUUAUGCUGGGGAAUGGUCGAAUGGGCAGAGUCAUGGAUGUGGGGUUCAUACUUGUGAAGAUGGAAGUAGAUAUGUUGGAGAGUUUAAAUGGGGUGUUAAACAUGGCCUUGGUCAUUACCAUUUCAGAAAUGGAGACACAUAUGCGGGGGAAUACUUUGCCGACAAGAUGCAUGGAUUUGGGGCAUACCGUUUUGCAAAUGGCCAUCGAUAUGAAGGAGCCUGGCAUGAGGGAAGAAGGCAAGGACUUGGAAUGUAUACAUUUAGAAAUGGCGAAACGCAGUCUGGUCACUGGCAAAAUGGAGUUCUCGACGUUCCAAGCACACAGAACACCACUUACCCAGUUUCUCCUGUUGGUGUCAAUCAUUCCAAAGUACUUAAUGCUGUGCAGGAAGCAAGACGAGCGGCCGAGAAAGCCAAUGAUGUGGGCAAGGUAGAUGAAAGGGUAAACAGAGCAGUAUCAGCAGCUAAUAGAGCAGCCAAUGCGGCUAGAGUAGCUGCUGUCAAAGCUGUUCAAAAGCAAAUGCAUCAUCACGUCAACAACGAAAGCUUCCAAAUUCCUGUUAUGUAAAACUAUCAACUUUUGCUUUUAUAUUAGCGGUUGAGUUUUAAAUUGUUGAAGAGGAUGGUUGCAACAACUAUCAACUAGUUAAGCUUCAUCAUGGCCAUUGCAAUCUUCUCUUUGGCAUUAUGCUUUCUUCGAAAGAAAGCAGAUCUGUUGUUAUCUAUCCGCUGUGGUCCUUGUAUAGAGGGAGGAUUAGUGAUAGCAUAUUUAUUGAUAAGUUUUCCAAUUUUGUCCCCCUGUAAUACAUUUUUGUAAAAUUAUAUAGGUGAAAUGCUGGUGUGCAGGUUAAACCUACCAGCGUCUGUUGUAUUAUUAUGGUUUGGUGAGAAAUAAAAAGAGGAGAAUCAUAUGUAUAAUAAA